AUGGUGUGCCCGAACGUUGAUCGGCACCGCGUGCUCGCCCUCGUCGAUGAUCUGCACGAGAAGCAUCGCUUCAAGGACAAGGAUUACAAGGAUGUCGUCGAAGCGUUGAGUGGGAAAUCGGAUCCGCUCGACGUGUCCGACGCGAAAGUCGUUAAAAUUUACUUUGACGAACACCGAGUGACGUGGAAUAGAACCGAUUACGCCGUGCGACAAUUCCAAAAUAAGAUUCUCCAAGUCGUCGACACGUUGGACGACCCAGAGUCCACGUGUCCCGCGCGUGUGAACUGGGCGUGCAGUAGCAUCGAGCGCUCCACGCUCGCGGACAUCGCGGAUCUCGUCGCGAGACACGGAUGCACGCACUUGCUCACGCACUCGUGCUCGUGCUGCUACACAGAGCAAGUCUUCAUUCGGAAGAUUGAACUGAUUCAGGAUGGCUCGAGACCACACCGUCAACACGUCCGCUGGACGGAAUAG